AUGACUAUUGCCAACAACAUCAAGACAACAAUUCUACAAACUGAAAAUGCAAAAGAAUACCUUAAUUUUGUGGAAGAACGGUUUCGUUCUGCAAACAAGUCACUCGCUGGUACUCUAAUGGCACAACUCACGACCAUGAAGUAUAAUGGGUCGAAGAGUAUGCAUGAGCACAUUAUAGAGAUGAGUGAUAUGGCAGCAAGGCUAAAGACCUUAGGGAUGGCGGUGGAUGAUUCCUUCUUGGUGCAGUUCAUUCUGAACUCACUACCUCCUGAAUAUGGGCUAUUUCAAAUCAAUUACAAUACUAUUAAGGAUAAGUGGAAUGUUAAUGAAUUGGCUAAUAAGCUAGUUUAG